AUGUUAAACUGCAUUGCUGCUUUUAAUAUACAUCCGAGAGGACAUACUGCUGAGAUUGGAUACGAUACAACCCAACUGUUAUAUGCUAUUGGUGAACGUGGAGUUUAUAUUGAUCUACCCCUUUACAUUUUCAACCAUGUUCUUGAAGCAUCUAAGAAUGAUAGUUUUAUGUACCCCAUGAAUGCAAUGGGUAUGGGUACACUAAAUAAAAGUGUGGGAGUUAUUUUGGGUGCGAAACGGGAUAAGUGUGUGAAGCAGCCAUCAACGGUGUCUCAGGUUAUGGGUAGUCAAGCUGAUUUUGCUUUUGGUACUAGUGAGGUUGGACAAAUACUUCAACAAAUGGUUGAAAAGUUUGAGGCCCGAUUUGAAAAGUUCGAGGAUGAAACGAAGGGGUCAUUCUAG